GUUACAAGUGAACACUUUAUAUUUGCGUGUUUUAUGUCGGUAUUAUAGAUUUAUAAAUGUUUACAAACUCGAAAAAAAGCGAAUUUGCCUAUGCAAUCGAACCAGAAGCUGCUGUGUAUCAAAUACACGAUCGUAGAGGUAUGUAAAAUUGUUUUAAAUUUAAAUAUCGAAAAUUAACAACUUUGUGAUGGUUGAUACCUAAAUAGGUACGUACAAAAUAUUCGUUUACUGUUAUUCACUAAAUACGCAGGUACACGUCACGUAGGUAUUUAUCUAUAUCCUACCUACUUAUUUUGUGAAUCAUUGUUAAUGGAUAAUUUUUUUGUAUGAUAUAGAUUAGUAUUCCUUUUAAAAUAAAAACUGUAUACACUACCAAGUUUCAAAAAUGUUUAUUAUGAUUUCCAAAAAGACAUCGAGGUUAAUAUAUUUACAUGUAACCACGUGCCAAGUGUAGUAGGUAGGUAACCGCUAGAACAUUGUCGGUGUUUUGUACAUGGUCACUACGGAUAAGCCACUAUUGUAGGUGAAACAUUGGAAAGAUAAAAUACAUAAGAUAGGUAACUUCAUAUAUAUAUUUAUUCAUUUAUAUUUUUUUUUAGUUUCAAAUGUUUGAGCAUUAUUUUCAUUUAACCAUAAACGACUUGUCCACAUUAGGUGAUUAUAAAAUAUUAAGCUUGAAAUACUAAGAUUUUUAAAAUUUUUUUCAAAAUUUUACUUGAGUAAACCCUUAUUGAAGUGGCCGCAUUUGGGGUAAUCCAGGAUACCUGGGCUAAAAUUCAGAUUGCAUUUUGGUUGGACUAUAAUUAUUGUGUAUAGGGAAAUAAUAUUUUUUUAUUUUAUAAAUGGUCUUAUGCAUCUGUAACUAUGGCCAUAUUAAAUUAUAAUAGGUUAAAAAAAUGUUGAUUGUAAUAACUGUAUAGUAAAAUAUAUAUCGGCUUAGUUGUUAGCAUACCUUUCAAAAAUUGAAAUAACGCCCUUGGACCGCGAUGUUUCGAUAUUUUUAUAAUGCAAUAAAAACAACUUAUAAUGAACCAUGACCCUAUAAUAUCAAAUUUUCAGUCAAUUUUUUUAAUUAAAAAAAAAUGUUAUCUACAUGUAACCAAAUAUUUAAACUUAACGAUUGCAAAUAAAUAGUUACAAAAUCUAUUUUUAAAAUGAAUCAUUAUAUUUUUGACUUUGUUAUUCUAAUACUUAAUGAUUUUUUUAAAUCGAAAUCAGUCAUUUAUACAUACAGCAUUCUUUUUUCCUGGCUUUGUUUUAUUCUUUGUGCAUGUAUAUUUGUUUUGCGUGUAUAUAUUAUGCCUACAAACAUUUUUUUUUUUUAAUUUUACAUUUUAUUGAAUCUAAAACAAGUUGUUUUUUAUUUUAUCACAUAAAAUAAUUAAAUAAUAUUACACACAACAACAACAUAAUAUUAUUAGGUACCUAUAUAUAUAUGAUUUUAUUUGUAUCUAGUUGAAAUUACGUAAGUUUAGAAUUUAUUAAAUCAAUUACCUAGUAUUUUUUUUAACAUAAUAUUAUUCGUUAGGUAUGCAAAACUAUCCGUUAAGAAAAGUCACUGACGGUUAGUGGUUUUAUUUUUUUCUUUGAUAAAUAUCUACAACUGUUGAGGUAACUAUUGUACCGUGGUGUUUUGGUUGACGACACGGUUAAAUUUAUCAGACUGUACCGUUGGGCCGACGAACGAAGUCACGCAUCUUAUUAUGUUUACACUUUAUCAUAUCUACCUACCAUGGUAUCAUGUUUUAACGAAAUUAACUGAAGCAUGUUUGCAGGUCCUAAUUUAAUAUAACUAUUAAAAUUUUCUGAUUUUAGACAUGUCUAGGUAAUUUGCAUAAAAAUAAAAAUAAAACCAUAUUAUUAGGUAUUAACCUACCUAUUAUAUACCUAGGUAUAUAAUUAAUUUAAUUUUAAUAUAAACUAUGUCAGUGAGUAGGUACUUACCUAUAAAUGUGAUAGUAGGUAGGUACUAAGACAUAUAGGUAAACAUUUUAAAUUCUUCUGGUUAAAAUUCAGAUUAGCAGUUUUUAAAUAUGUUUUGUCAUAAUUGUAUCUAUAAAAUUCCACAUAGAAAAAAAAAAAUAUGGGUAAUUUAGUUUAUAUAAAAUAUAUUGUACCCAAUUAAAAAAUCAAAAUAUGUAAACAAAUUAUAACGACAAAAUAAAAUCGAAAAUAACAGAAAUCGUUAUGGCGUAAAUAUUCCUGCCCCCCCCCCCUAUUAUAAAGGAUCUUGGUCAUGGUUUUAUAUAAUUUGUUAACAUUUACAAUUUAAAAGUCUUAACAAAAAAUUCAAUCGGUUUUAAUUGUUGAAUAUUAGUCAUGUGUGUAAUCUGUUUUUUUUGCUUAAAACAUGGUUUACAGAGUUAAUUGUCUCUUAUAAAGCCGUCUGAUUUGGAUAUAUUUUACUGUUGUUAUUAGAAAGAGGACAACUUGGAUUGGAAUUCGAUUUUUGGUUAUAGAAACAAAUAAGCCACAAAAAAAAAUAUUAAAAAAUAGAUCAUAUUGAUAAAUUAUAAUUAUAGCUUUUGGAAAUAUACAUUUCAAAAUCCAAGACCAUUGCACCCUGUAAGAAGUCUUAAUCAUUCCGAUAAAAAAAAAAAAUGAUUGAAAUUGGACCAUACUACAAGACAUGUUUAAGUGGGGAGGGGGGGGGUACAAGUCGCGCGCAGUUUCUUAAGAAAACUACUAAGAAUAAAAGAAAAAAGAUCUGACCGAUACACCAACUAGACAAAAUUUUCUACUAGAAAUCACCCGCGAUGUUAAUGAUCAAAACACAAUUUCUGGUAGAAAAGUUGUUAACAGAUAAAAAAAAAAAACCCACAUCAUAAUAAAACAAAUAAGAAAAAAUCUUGCAAAAUAUUUAUUAAAUAGGUACCUAAGUAUUUAUAUUUACCAAAUAUAUAUAUUUAUACUAGCGAUGAGCGGUAUCGAAUCUAUUCAAUAAUUUUUAUUCGAAUAGUAAAAAUAAAUUGUAUACCUGAAUAUCUAAAAUCGACUUUUAUAAAGAAAUUCACGGAUACAUAUUUGCAUCUAACUAGACAACAACAUUACAAUUAAGUAAAAAUAUGUUUUUUUAUGUUCAACUUUUUACGAUAAAUAUUACGUUAUGUUACACAAUUGUUAUAAUUAUAUUACAUAAUAAUACUAAUUACAUACCCGUAUGAUUUAAUACGAGCCUUCCUUUCCGAAAAUUUGGCCAAGUAGGUAUAUAUAUUAUAAUGAUAGCUAUUAGUAAUGAUAAAUUAUUUUCACUUAUAGGAGGGUGCCUUGAUAUUAUCCAGUAGCGUAAUUGGGAGGUCGCAAAGGGUCGCAUUUACGAUCCCAAAUAUAAUACUGGAUCGUAAAAGUAUUGAUUUGCAACCCCCAAAAUUUCUGUAUCUAUGAUUUUUCGUUAGUAAACAAUUUAAAAUAGGUAAGUAAUUAUUUAGUUAUUUAAUUACGAAAAAAAAGCAUGUUCGAAACUGAUAAAAUUGAAAUUGUAUAUUCUCAAUAUUCCACCAAUGAAAAUAUAAUUGAUAUAAUUCAUUAUUUCACUAUGAUAAAUAAAAUAAAAAAUAAUCUAUUUUUAGAUUUAAUCUUUUCUGUCGUAUUUUUACUAAACUUAUUAUAUUUUUUAAUGUGAGUUAUGAAAUAUUUUGGUUAUUAAGUAUUAAAAAGUAAAAUUGAAAUAUCCAAUAAAUUUAUAAGUCAUUGCGAAAAAUAAAUUUAAAUAGAAAUCAACAUUGAGACAGUUACAAUUUGAAAAUUUUGAAAUUUGUAUUCUUAUUCAUUGUUGAAGAUUAUGUGAUUUGAUUCAUAGUUUUUUAGUGUAGUUUUAUGCGUAUAAGAAUAAUAUUACAUAGAUUUAUAAUGUAUUUUAUAUUAAUAACUAUAGCUGUCCCGCGCCCGGCGUUGCCCGUGCCAGUUAGUAUUAUUAUUUUAUCCAUAUUCAUUUUUGGUUUUUGCCGUGUUAGAAUUGAAUGAAAACAAAUAGGUGGAAAGUGGGUAGUCCACCUUCGGCGGACUAAACGUGUUCUAUUGUAAAAUUUGAAUAGUAUAAAUAAUAGUAAUAUUAAUGAUUAGAAUUGUAUUCUUUUCCGUGGCAACCCUUGAAUAAACAAAAAUCUUGUAUAAAUAAAACAAAGUCGGGUUAGUUACACCAUUUAUAACUCAAACUGGACCGAUUUUUUCAUCCCUGUUACCGGGGUAAUACAAAUCAACAAAAAUAAUUGUAUUUAUUGUAUUAUAAGCUAAAUUAUUUGGUGUUACUCGUUUAUAUAUAUAUAUAUAUAUAUAUAUAAGCGAAAGUACUAAAAUCGCGAUUAAAAAAUAGUGGGUAGGGGUAGAAGGGUAAAAAUACUAUAAGGCCUAUUUUCAGACCUACCAAAUAUACACAAAUAAAAAUGUCAUAAAAAUAUUUCGAGACGUUUCGGAGGAGUCCAAUAACAAACACUGUGACCGGAGAAUUUUAUAUAUAAGAUAUAAAAUAAUAUGUAUUAAAAAAUAAUUUGAUUUUAUAAUGUUGGAGGUGUGGGAGCAAUAAGUCUUGAUAUUAUGCCCAAAUAUUACGCUACUGAUAUUAGUUAUUCUUAUUUGAAAAUCUCAUGUGCUUGUAUUAUAUAAAGUCGCAUUUAUAUUAAGACUUUCACUGCUAUGUCCACAUAUAUGCGUGCAAUGAAAUAUAACAUGAAAAAAAAAAAUAGCGGAAAAAUUGUUAUCGGUUGUCUUGUGAUCUACACGCGCUCCCGAAUUCAACGGUAUUUUCAGAAUUGUUAUAUCACUAAUGUGAAAGGAAAUAUUAUAGAUUUCCGACCUUACGGGUGCUCAAACACUGAAUUCACGAACUAUAUUAUUGUAUUCAAGGCGCCCUGUUUGUAUAUUUGUGGUGUUUAUUGGAAAAAAAACAACAUAAACCAUUUUACAGACAAGAGUGGGUGGAAAACGAAAUUGUUGAUUCAGGGUAAAAAUGCUUCGAGCCGCCACUGCCGUAGGCCAUUGUAGUAUCAACGAUCUAUAUGACAUAGGCACCUAAGUGCCAAUAACAAUUUUCGAUCACCACUCGUUUUUAUAUUCAGAGUGCGUUAUUGUGCAUGCCGCGUAUUUACCUGAAGUAUAUCAAAUAGGACGUGGCUUACCCAACGUAGAACAGUAUUUUAUAUAACAGCAUGAAAAUACUGCUUACAUAUUAUUAUUGUAAAGGUACGUACCGUAAAUUUGCUUUUACUUUACGGCCCUAUGCACAUCACGCGCCAUUAUAUUAUUGUUAUACCGCAUUCGUCUUUGUACGUUUUGUGUAAAGUGUUGAUAAUAUGUAAACCGAAAGUAAAAGAAUACAAUAAUCAUGACUUCUCUGUGUUAAUGACGACUGUUAUACCUGCAUAGUAUAUUGUACAUAAAACAUACACACCCACGAUACAAUCUGUAUAAUGCAAUAUUCAUUGUCGACCGCCGUUAUUGUCGUAUUAUUUUAUACGCAACAAUUAUAACGGAAAUACUCCACCUACGCGAGGAACGCGCGAAGAAAACUCUUAUUAUGCCUAUAUAUAUAUAUAUACAUAUAUUUAAUAAUUUUUACGGAUAGUUAGAAAAUCGUUAACGAUUUUUAAAGUCUCAUUAUGCAUCCGUAAUUUUUGCCGCGGUUAUUUUUAUUUUUUUUUUUUGUUAUUCUUUUUAUAAUAGUAUAGGUAUAUUGUUAUAACUUAUAAUACCGCGGCGUUCCGCGCGGACGGUCACGACUCACGACCACGAUGUAAUUACACACCCGGCACACUUUCUUCUUAUAUUCAAUUGAUUUGAUAUGAUAUUUUAUUCUAUUCUAUUUUUCUGGUUAUUUUCUCACAGAACCGCCAGCCAUGAACUUUGCCGGUACGUACCACGAGCGCAGGAGGGGACGAGUAUUCGACGACGAUCCGUUGUCUAGUCUCGAACAGGAGAUCCUGCUAUUCAGACACAACAACAUUCAGAAAUUUCAACAAGGUAACGUAGAGUGUAAAAAGACUCGUUUGUUUAUAAUUUUUUUAACGCAUGCAAUCCGCUAUAAUUCGACUAGCAUAAUAGUUUUAGGUUGUGUCGAAGAGGAACCGGAAUACAGGCUGGAAGACAUCGAAUGCGCUUUGCGUUACAAUUCGCUCGAUUCCGGGAUCCCGGCCGAGUACGACGAGGACGAAGUAACGAAUUCAAUAAACACCACUUUGAACAGGUUGGAAAAGUAUAUACGAGUAAAAUUCGCAAUUAAAAAAUAAAAAUAAAUAUUAAACCUAUACACGCACUCGUCCAGGUUGAUAUCGUUGUCGCUGGAACAACAAUGUUUUCGACAGUCGGAUGAAGUUACGAUGAGUAGCUUUACCGCCGUGCCCGCAGUCGUCAAGUCCUCCAACAAUAACUGUUGUAGCCCGCAACCGUUGAACGAAACGUACAAUUUGGUAGAAGAAGUGUAUGUCAAUAACAGAGACCAAUGCCACACCGCGGAACUCCAAGUGUUGGACGAGUCUCCCGAGGACGGCAUCAUCGUCGCUGUUGACAUCGGCACGACAUACACCGGUUACGCUUAUUCGUUCAGACGGUCUGGCAGAAUUAGCGUUAUGAAAAAACCCGACUGUAACUAGAUAUAAUUAUUUUAAAAUACUUUUUUAUAAUUGAUUGGUAAUUUUCAUGGAAUCCUCAUUUUUACUUUUUUUUUUUAUAGACGAGAGCGACACAAUAGCCGAUGGCCAAAAAAUACCUACUGCUCUGUUGCUGUCACCAGAUUUUAAUUUCCAUUCAUUCGGAACAGCAGCUCGCGAUUAUUUCCACGACAUGCAUCCAGAGGAAGCUCAAAAGUGGUACUACUUCGACAAGUUCAAAAUGUUUUUAUAUAAUAAAGACGUGAGUAAAAUUUAACUAUAUACACGGAGGUACCUACCCACAUAUUUAAUAAUUUAUUGAAAUUUGAUUAUUUCCAGGAUAUCUCCAAAGACACUCAUAUAAUGGCGGCCAAUAGUGUAUCGCUCCCGGCCACACGUAUUUUGACUGAAGCAUUACGACACUUGAGGUAUUUAAUUUUUGAAGAACUCACUGAACGUUGUUCUGAAGCACUGAGUCCUGAUUCAAUUUCAUGGAUUCUAACUGUACCUGCUAUAUGGAAUAAAAGUACAAAACAAUUGUUAAAGGAAAUUGCAAUCGAGGUUAGUAUAAAUAAUACAAGUGUUGCAUUAAUUAAUACUAGAGCUCGGAACUAAAAAACAUCAAAAAGUCCAGAAAAUAAUUUUAAAAUAUUUAUAUAUAAAAAAAAAAAAAAAAACUACUUUUGUUUUUGUAGUAUUAAAAAAUUGUAAUUGAUAAAUUAAAGACGUUUGUGGGGCUCUGUCAAUUUUGCUUUUUUGUGGAUUUUAAGUGAAAUAAGUUCCGAGCCCUAAUUAGUACUAUUUGUUUUUGUUACCAACAAUAAAAAAGUAUUAUUUUUUCAUAUAUUUUUAUAGGUUGGAAUGGGUAAUUUUGAAAACCCAGAAUCUGUGAUUAUAAUUUUAGAACCCGAAGCAGCAGCUGUACACUGUCGCAACGCACGACUUAAACAUACUAGAAUACUUUCUAAAAAUAAUUUUCAGGAAAACUAUGAAACUGAUUAUUGUGUUUUGAAUGAAAUAGGCGAAGGUAAAUAUUACUUUAACUGUUACUGGUCUUACUGUAACUUGAAAAGUAAAUAAAAGUGUUUAUAGUUAUAAAUGAUAAUUAUUGUAUUACCUAUAUUGUUUGUCUUCAGGAUAUAGUUACUUAGUAGUAAACUGUGGUGGUGGUACAGUUGACGUAACAGUCCAUCAAGUGUGCCGUGCUGUCAAUCGAUUACCAAUCAGUAAACUUCAUAAACCUUCUACAGGAGUCUGUGGAUCUCUAAGUAAAAUAUAACAUAUAUUUAUAAAAUAUAAUAAUUUAAAUUUAAUUAUUAUAUAAGUAGCUUUUUAGUAAGUAUCUAAUAAAUAUAUGUAUAGUGAAUUAAAUUAUUUUCUCAAAGUUAAUUUGGUGUACUUACAAUGUCAUAAAGUUCAUACAAAUAAUAUAUUUUCAUAAUAUACCUAUAACAUUUAAAUUAUUUAUUAUUAUACUUCGCUAUUUUAUAAACAUUGAUUAUAUUUUCUAGGUGUUGAUAUAGAAUUUGUCAAGCUUUUAUGUACACUAUUUGGUUUUGGAUUUAUGUCAGAUUUCAAACUUCAAAGACCAGCGGCAUAUAUGGAGCUUCUACAAAGGUUUGAAGAAGCUAAAAAGUCUGUGUCUAGCAAAGUGAGGUCUCCUAUUGUCAUAAGGCCUCCAUAUGCAUUUAUUGAACAUUACUUGAAGUAUUCAGACAAAGAUGUUUGUACCUGUUUAAAUUUUGUUGCACUUAUUCUUCUUUGGUAAAUCAGCGUUAAAUUAUAUUGUUAUUUCAGGUAUCUGAUGCUGUAAGAGAUUAUGGAUCUGACGCAAUCGUUUGGAAUGAAUUAGAUGGCGUUUUUAUUUUACAUUACCAAGCUAUUGAGCCCCUUUUUUUACCGAGUUUCGUUUGUAUUUCAGAAGUAAGUAAACUUAUUCAUAAAACUUGAUUAUUUUUCAUAUAUAUGUAUAUUUUUUUUUAGCAAAUUAACAGUAUAAUAAAUGAAGAUGAAAAGGUGACUCACAUGUUUUUGGUUGGGGGUUAUGCUCAAUCAUUGUGGCUCCAAGAAAAGAUUGCCGAACGUUUUAGCGAUCGUUUAAAAAUUAUCUUACCAGAUUUUGCAUUUGUCAGUGUUCUUCGUGGGGCUGUUAUAUAUGAAUCAAACAGAUCGAAUACACCGGCGCAUAAAGCAAAACACAGUUAUGCUGUGGGCAUAAUUAAACCAUUUAUAGAUGAUACUCAUCCAAUUGGUAAGAUCCAUUAAUUCCUUGUAAAAUAAAUUGUUGGUUUUUAGUAAUCUACACAAGUUAUUGAAGUAAAAUAUGACAUAUUCUCAUAUAGGAUUAGAACAUUUAGUAGUUUUUCCGAAAAUUCAUUCAAGCUCCUUUAAAUAAAUCUUUAAUGCGUGUUUAAUCAACAUGUAAUGUGUGCACUCUCACAUGCACACACAAGUCAGCAUAAUCAGCUAUCUACCUACCAUUUGAAAUGCGACGUAAAAGCUUAUUUCAAACUUACCGAUUGAUCUAGUGAGAUGAUUUUGAAAACGGAUUUUAAUUUGUCGUGAAGUCUACUUAAGUUCAACUUUCCCAUUUAUUUGUUUUGGUUAGAUGAUUUUAAUUUUUGUUCAUGGGGCCGUAUGCUCCGAACGCCAUAUAUGUUGUAGUGUUUGCUGCAUGUAUGUGUGAAUUCACACUUGAUUUUUUAAUAAGAUUUGUGAGGUCUACUGUUUACUGAACUACUAAUAAUAUCAUAAUAUUAUGAUAAAUAAUAGGUUUAUAAUAUAUUACCAUAUUUCACAUAAAACCUAUAGGUAACUUGAUUUCAGAAAAACUUGUUAUACAAGAUGGCAAACGAUGGUGUACAGAUUUGUUGGACUAUUUAAUAGAAGAAAAUGAUUGUAUUAGGGAUAAUGAGACGGUCAUAAAAAAAUACACUCCUGCAAAUUCUUCGCAAGACUCAAUUGUAAUCAAUAUAUAUCUAGUGCAUAAUCAGUCAGCUAAGGUUAGUGUACCUACUUGAUUUAAAAAUGUAUGCUUUGUAAAAAUGUAAAUCAAUUACAAAUUUUAAUACAUUCAAUUUUAUAUGCUUUCCAGUUUGUUACAGACUACGGAGUAUCAAAAUGUGGUUCAUUAAAACUGAUGAGAAAUGAAGACAUUCAAUUAUCCAAUGAACUGUUAGUUCAAAUGGGGUUUUGUGGUCAAGGAGAAGUGGUCGCAACCGCUUUAGAUUUAGCGAGUGGCAUUCGAGUGGAUGCUCAGAUAACCGAAACUGAUUGUUAAAACCACGAUUCUGUGAUAAAUUAUGAUUUAAUUUUGUUGAGCAGUAUUGUUAUUGAAUAUUAAUGUUUUUAAAAUCUGUUAAAUAAGAUGUGUACUUUCCAUGAAGUAAAGUAAAUUAGAUAGGUACUUUAUUUUAGUGAUUGUGAUACUAUUUGUAUAUAUAUAAGUAGGUAUUUGAAAAUACUUCUAAUUACCUGUUGAAAAUAAAAUAUAAGAAUAUCUUCAUGUGUUAUUAGAAUAUAGGUAUUAUAUUUUAAGAGUUUAAUAAAAUAGUAAAACAUUUAAUAUCUUUGUCAAGUUUUAAACAUAUAAUUUACCUACUUACAAAAUAAUCACCUUAAUCAAUGUAUAAAAUGUUCCUAAUAAUAUUAAUUUUUAGAAAAAUAAAAUACAAAUGUAUCAUUUAUUUUUAUUAUAGGUAAUACAAAUAAAACAAUUUUUUCAAAAAAAACAAUGUAUAACUCAGUUAUAAAAGUUAAUAUUUAUAUAAACAUAUAACAUAUAACUAUAGAAUUACUUAUUUAUUAUUUUCUUAUUGUUAUAAAUCCCUACUAAGCCAUACUCAUAUAUGUUGAAUAAUUUUGUUCAUAAAGUUUCCAAAUUUAUAGUUUAUAAUGUACAUGAAAUGUAUUGGAAAAAGUGACAAAUUUACAGCAAUAAAAGUUACUGAAUGAACGAUGUGGUUGGGGGUGAAAUGACUAACCACCAUUCAACCUUGAUUUCAUAUAAAAAAAAAAAACCUCUAAGACAUAGUUAUAUUGAUUAGGUGUUACAUUUUAUUUUUUUUUAAAAAUUCAAAAUCUUUCAAAUAUCUAUAAUCAUACCUAGAGAUGCAAAAAUACUUACUGUACAUAUUUUAUUUUAAGUAUGUAUAAUACAGUAGGUAUAUUAUGCUUCAACAGAAUUUUUGGUUUGGUCAAUCGAUUCUAAAUUAUUAUAUUUUUAACUAAUUUCACGGUAACUUAAAAAAAAAAAAAUAUUGACAUAUGUCGCAUGUGGAUGGACCACUGUUAUAGGUGAGAAGUUGGUAAGGUAGUAGAUUGUAGUCUAACAAAGAUAAUUUUAGUCAAAAAUAUAUAUAUCUCACAUUAUUGUAAAAUAAUUAAGAGUAGAUAUACAUGUAUUAAACAUUUUC